UGAGGUUUUAACAAGGCUCACUAAUAGCAUGCCAGAUUAAGGGACCUGGUGUGCCACAACAUAAAAUCCGUGCAAUGGCACCGAUCUCUCAGCAAUAUUCUCAUUCACGUUCUUUCUCAUUCAGGUUGUGCUAUGUCUCCGUGACUUGUCGUCCUCAUGUUCACUGACACACUUGUUCUCAUUUGUUCCCGCCCCUAGGUGGCUUCGUGUUCCUUUCUUACAUGCCUCCUCAGGGAUGUGCUCAUUUCACGCAAAUCUGCCCGUUCAUGAGUGCAUAGAAGCAGCAAAGGGACGGCCAUGGCGUCGCCUUUCACCUCUCGCAAUGUGAGAACCUGCAAGCUGACCAGGCAAGUGAUGGCAGACUCUUUGAUCGGCUAAGGAUAUAGGUCUCUCUCUCCCUCUCUACGGCCAUGCCCUCUGGAUCUUUCCAUCAUCUCACAGCAUGCGGUAUUGGCCGUCACAUUAAUUAUUGAAACCACCAUGUCUAAUUUGCCCAAAAACGAAGAGGCAACCAAACUCACCGGCGCCGCGGAACAAGCAAUUGGCCAGGCUGGUCUCAUCAAACGCCCUGUUGCCGACGACGACAUCCAAUUCAUAUCGUCAAACCCGGUCAAGAAGAGGAGGAUGACCGAACAAAAGCCGGCGCAGACCACCGAGAGCUCAAUGGCACCCCCUCCCGCUCCCACUGUGAAGCGCCUGACUCCCACCACCGAGCAGAUUCCAUCAGUUGACCGGUCGCGCAGCUUGUGUGGCAUCGGCCAGGCCAAGGGUCCAGUUGCUGAUGCCAUGCUGGAGACCCGGGGAACAUCACUCCCAGUCUUGGAGAACUUCGCCUUUCCAAAGUCGUUCCCUCCCCUGCCGAACCAACCAUCUCGACUCUCGGUGGCAAUCUCUCCCCGUCAGCUUCCGCAGGCCUUCACGACCCCGUCAGAGGUCGACGCGCACGCCAACCAGCCUGCCCCGCCUGCUCCAGACCCUGCAGCGCAGGAUUCAAUCACACUCGACCAAAUUUCAUGCCUUGACUUCAAUGGCCUGCCGCUCAACACUCCCGGAUUCGAUAUGAGCCAGAUCUUUUCAGCUGACGGCGGCAUCAUGGGCGGCCUUGGGUCGAACAGCACAGGUGCUUCCGCGCCAGCGCCGCCCGCACCGCUCAACGCCUUGAACGCCCAAAACACGAUCCCCUUCACCAUGUACUCCACUGGCAACAUUGUGACGCUUCCGCAGACGACUGGCUCUGGCCAGCCUCUGGCCCCUUUUCCCAGCCUGCCCAUGAUGCAGCCCAAGCAGCACGGGGCGUUCGCGCUCGGAAGCACGCGUGGUUCUCAGGUGCAAUAUCCAAUAAACCACCUGCCGAGGGAACAGUCAGCUUCUAGCCGCUCGCCCUCUCCUGCUCCAGGGGCAAACCCGGCAUGCCUCCACUGCGCGCGACUCCGACAAGAGAAUCUCCUGAGACGGCCCCAAGCAGCCCCAGGAAGCGCCGCCCAAGCCCAGCCUUCUCCAUCCAAUCAGCAACACCUCUGUCCGCGCUCCCCGACGCCGCUUGCCCUGCCCACGCUGAGGCCGAUUCCCCGCUCCACACCAGCGGCCGGUCAACCGGGAAAUUUCCACCAGAGACAGCAGCAGCAGCAGCACCUCCCGGCUGCUCAGUUCUCUGCUGCUGCGACGAUGCCGGCGCCGGUCCGUCCCGGCCCCGCUCCUAACCUGCUGCAGGACAUCGCACAGACGGUUCAGGCAAGCUUUCCUUACGCCCAGGUUGCUGCGAGGCACGGCAUGGCCCCGGCCAGGGUGGUCGAGGUAGUGUCGGGCGUUGUUAUCGGGCCACUCCUGCGUGGUGCUUCCAAUGAUCGAGGUGUUGGUGGGAGGUAUUAUGGUCCGUAAGACGAGGGCUUUUUCGUUGCUGUUUUUGUGUUCCGGAAAUAGUGCCCGCAACUGAGAAAAAGUGGUUCGAGGGGCCGUUCUUGAGGCGCAGGAUGAGAGGCUGCGUGGACGACUACACGGUCCGAGAAGGGGGUCCUGCUGCGAGUUGGGGAGACGGAUUUUUUGAUGUUUUCAUGUAAGAGAUAGCGGGAGGGAGGUGGAGGUUAACACCCUCAGUUGCUAGUACUUUAGCCAUCACCUCUACAGUCAAUACCUCAGCCCGUAUUCUCGUCGUCCUAUA